UUCUAAUACCCGGACCCGCCCCAUUGUAUAGGCGGGGCGGGGCGGACCCGCCCCAUUUGCAAGACGGGGUGGACCCGCCCCAAAUGUCUCGGGCCAGGGCGGGUCAUUGCGGGUCGGUUUUUUUUUUGACAUCCCUAGAAACCAGAGAGUGUGGCAGCACACUUCUUCAACUAUCAAGGAUUUUAUGGCUAGAGCCAAAUGUUUUGUUUCAGGUUGGUGCCAAGCGCAGUUUGAGAAAAGAAAAAGUGCAGCGGCUGCUGGUUCUUUUUUUCCUAAUUGGCGCAGGCUAGCUCCGGGCAGAUUAAAGCUAAACGUGGACGCUGCAAUUCGGCCAGAUCAUUGCGGGUUGGGCUGGUGCUUGCGUGACGAGGAGGAUAACUUUGUGGCUGGAAAGGCAUUACCGUGGCGUAGAAUGUUGUCUUCUUUGGUGGCGGAACUGAUCGGGAUAAGGGAAGCCUCAGCUGAAUUCAGGGGACGGAAUGGCAGAAUAUAGAGGUGGAGUCAGACGCUUCACGUGCUAUCUCGGAUAUCCGGAAGAGUGCCAGUUGUUCCUCUAUUGGGUUGAUUGCGGAAGACAUAGGAGUGCCAGCGAAGAAUUUUGCUAAUAUCUCGUUCUCUUUUAUUAGGCGGUCAGCGAACAAGUUAGCCCACACUAUUGCUAAGGCGGCUUGGUUUCAUGAUCCUCCUCCGUUUCUUUCUUGUAUUCUGGAUAAUGAUUUGAUUAAUGGAAGCUAAGUCUUUUCUCUGCAAAAAAAUAAUAAUAAUAUAAUUACAAUCAAAUUUGGGC